AUGGAACUAGCUAGCAAUCUGCCCUUCCCGCUUCCAGGCAUGUUUAUGAGCGACCGGCUCACAGUGUUCACCAACAUGUACUACCCGCCGUCCAAGAGCGCCAUAGUCGCGCUGAAACUGCUCGACCUUCCAUACAUAGAAAUUGAAGUAUCACCCUUCAGGCCUCCCAGCUGGAUGCAAGCGCACAUCUGGAAGAGUUUACCGCCAAACACCUUUCCAUGCACGUACAUACCGCCGAUUGACUCAUCCAGUACGUCGCAGCUUGUCGCCGGCACCAUUCCCAUUCUUCAGUACCUGCACCUGGUAACCGGCCAGCUUCCAGUGCCGCAGAGCGACGAGUCAUGCGCGGCUCACAACAUGUUGACGUUCUGUCUGGGUGCAAUGCAUUGCUAUUCGCUCAAUCUGUUGUCGAUGUGCAUCACAGAUAAGGUCGCAGGCGAUCGAUACGAGCACUUGCGCUGCCGGUUGUGGCGCUGGCUGCAGAUCAUCAACGACAUCCUUGUGCGCUCAGACGAGGGGAAUUGCGGCCCUUUUUUUGGCGGCGCAAACAAAAUCGGAGUUGCCGAGAUCGUUGGCAUUGUCUACACUGGGCCCUUGCAUACGCACGGGCACGCAUACGGUCUGGUGCCGCCCAUCACGCAAGAGUACUCCCGGUACUACUACUGGCUGCAGAACUCACUGGCCAAUAAGUUUAUACGCGACAACGCAACGUCAAGCCAGGCUCUGUCCAAAGACGGCCUAUUUCUAAACGACUGGCAGCAGGCAGCACUGCCACGGUCAACUGCGCUUAGCGGUGUUCAAAUGCAAAUAUCGCCAUAA